AUGCCAGAUCAUUCAACGGUCUACUUAGGGACUGCCUUCGCGGCUGGUGCAUGCCUGGCUCUCGCAUACCAGGAGAUAUCACGUCCAAAAUGCGAAGGAAAAGCACAAGAGCAACCAAAGACCCAUGGCCUGGAAGCCAGAGCCGGUCCGCCGGCUAUCGUCGAAGGCAUUGAAGGAUGCAUUGGAAACACACCUCUCUUCAGGAUCAAGUCACUAUCAGAUGAAACGGGAUGUGAGAUUCUCGGCAAAGCAGAGGUAUAUGGCCGCGGUGUGCAUGCAAGAACACAGCUAACGCCGUCUAUAGUUUUUGAACGGCGCCGGUCAAAGUUCCAAAGACCGAGUCGCAUUAAGCAUGAUUCAAAUUGUGCGUUGAACAAAAGAACCAAAUCAAUCAACCCAGCUACUGACCAGACCCAGGCCGAAGAGCAAGGUAUCCUCACGCCUCAUGCAGGUGAUACCAUCUACGAAGGUACAUCAGGAUCAACCGGUAUCUCGCUAGCGACUCUCGCCCGGGCAAAGGGAUAUCUAGCACACAUCUGCCUGCCUUCGGACCAGGCAAUAGAAAAGUCCAAUCUACUUCUCAAGCUCGGCGCAAUUGUCGACCGGGUACCCCCGGCACCAAUCGUGGAGAAAGAUAACUUUGUCAACCGCGCUAGAGCAUUGGCAAAGACGCAUACGGCCUCUUCUGGUCUUGAAUCCACGUCAGAAGACGAUCUACCCACCGAUGAGCGCAUGACUCGUGGCCGUGGCUUUUUCGCUGAUCAAUUCGAGAAUGAAGCUAAUUGGCGUGCUCACUAUGAUGGUACUGGUCCGGAACUUUAUGCUCAGUGUGGUGGUCGGAUCGAUGCCUUCGUGGCCGGGGCCGGGACUGGCGGGACCAUUUCCGGCGUGGCACGGUUCCUGAAGCCUUUGUUGCCUAAGCUUGAAGUUGUCCUCGCAGAUCCGCAGGGAAGUGGGUUGUUCAAUCGCGUGGUUUAUGGCGUCAUGUUCGAUGUCAAGGAGCGAGAGGGUACAAGGCGGCGUCGACAGGUUGAUACAAUUGUUGAAGGAAUUGGCAUCAACCGUGUGACUGCCAACUUUGAGGCUGGCAAGGAGUUAGUCGAUGAUGCAGUGCGUGUAACCGAUGCCCAGGCUUUGGCUAUGGCUCGGUGGCUCGUUGAAAAGGACGGCAUCUUUAUUGGAAGUAGUAGUGCGGUGAACUGCAUUGCCGCUGUCAAGACAGCAAGGAAACUCGGCCCUGGCCAUCGAAUUGUCACCGUGCUGUCUGACUCUGGAUCACGGCAUCUUUCCCGAUUCUGGGCGAAGGCUGGAGACGUCGGUGGAGCCACAGAUACCAAACUUGAGGAUGUAAUGAAUGCCCGGGAUGAAGACUUUGAGUAG